AAUCGUCGAGAAAAAGGCCAGUUCCGCUAAAUUUCACAACGAAGAAGGUUGCUGUGUGAAAAUCUUUUUGAGGUGAUUUCGGACCAGUUUUCCCGAUAUUUUACGCUAAAUAACUUUGAGUUUACCUGCAUAAAAAACGACAUCAGAAUGGGUGAUGAAUGGGAUGAUGAUUCGUGUGAUGCUGGAGUUGAAUUCCACAAAGGCAAUAAGUUCUCAUCCACAAAGUAUGAUGACAACGGAUUUGACAAUGGUGGUGAUGAUUAUGGAAAGGGGGGAUACGGUGGUGGAUCUCGUGGUGGAGGAGGAGGAGGAGGAGGUAGGGAAAGUGGUGGACGUUCCGGUGGCUAUGGGGGAGAUCGCAAUGGAGGAGGAGGAGGAGCACGGGUUCCUCGUGCUGGUGACUGGACAUGUGGUGGAUGUGGAAAGAGUAACUUUGCAUCUCGCACUGAAUGCUUCUCCUGCCACAAGGAGAAAGAUGACAAUGAUAUGGUGUCAAGUGGAGGUGGUGGAAUGUCCAAUGGUACGACCAAGAGGUCCUUUGGGGCAGAUGAUUGGAAGUGUGGAGGAUGUGGAAAGACCAACUAUGCCAAUCGACAGGAAUGCUUCUCCUGCCACGAACCCAAGGGUGAUAGUGGGGGCGAUGGUGGUUUUAAUAGUGAUCGCAAUGGCGGUGGAGGAUUUGGAGGAGGAAGAGGAGGAGGAGGAGGAGGAAAUUCCCGGCCGGGUGAUUGGAAUUGUGGAGGUUGUGGCAAGAAUAAUUUUGCAUCACGAUCUGAAUGUUUCUCUUGCCAUGAACCCAAGGGAGAUGCCACUAAUGGGUACAAUGGAUCGGGAGGAGGAGGAGGCGGAGGAGGAGGAGGCUCAGAGAAGCCUCGUGCUGGACAACGUCCAGGUGACUGGACCUGUCCUAGUUGCGAUAAAGCAAAUUUUGCCUCGAGAACUUCGUGCUUUGGGUGCAAUGAAGAAAAGCCAGAGCAUCUGGCUAAUCAACCGGGUUCCGAUGAGAAACCCAAAGAAUUCUACAUUCCACCUGAAUUGCCGACAGAUGAAAGUGAAAUUUUCAGCAGUAAGAUCGAUCAGGGCAGAAACUUUGGCAACUAUCAGAAUAUUCCGGUGAAGGUGUCUGGAGAAAAUAUUCCACCGCCUAUUCGGGAUUUCAGUUCGUCCGGAUUGAGGGAAUUUCUACUGACAAAUGUAGAAAAAUCUGGAUAUAAAACACCGACCCCAAUUCAAAAAUACUCAAUUCCCCUCAUAAUGAACGGCCGGGAUAUGAUGGGAUGUGCACAGACGGGUUCUGGUAAGACAGCAGCUUUUCUCUUGCCAAUCAUCAAUGCUCUGCUGUCGGACAAUCGUGAAGUUAAUAUGGGACAACCCCAUGUGCUAAUUAUCACACCAACACGUGAACUCUGCAUCCAAAUCACAGAACAGGCUCAUAAAUUUGCCCAUGGCAGCUAUAUUAAGGUCCAGAAGAUUUAUGGUGGUACAGCUAGUCGCCAUCAGAUGGAUACUCUCAAGGGAGGUAUUCACAUUUUGGUUGCAACUCCAGGACGCCUCCUGGAUUUUGUCAAUCGAAGCUACAUCGGCUUUCAGGAUAUUCGUUUUAUUGUUCUUGACGAAGCUGAUCGAAUGCUGGACAUGGGCUUUAUCAGUGACAUCGAGAAGGUGAUGGUGGGAAUGCCGGCUGAAAAACAAACCCUAAUGUAUUCAGCUACAUUCCCCGAAGAAAUACAACAUCUGGCUGGGAAAUAUCUCAAUAAUUAUGCUUUUGUGGCAGUUGGAAUUGUCGGUGGAGCUUGCACUGAUGUCGAACAGCAGAUUCUUGAGGUUUCUGGACGUCAGAAGCGCGAUAAACUCAGGGAGAUCCUGGGUCAGCUGAACGAUGGAAAGCCAAGAGGUGUCCUGGUCUUUGUAGAGACUAAGAGGAGCACUGAUUUCUUGGCUUCCCUACUCUCGAGUUCCGGAUACAUGAGCACUUCGAUUCACAGCGAUCGUCUGCAGAAGGAGCGUGAGAUAGCUCUUGGGGACUUUAAGAGUGGUCGAAUGGGGAUUUUGAUUGCUACUAAUGUGGCUGCACGUGGUUUGGAUAUCCCAAAUGUCCAGCAUGUUAUAAACUUUGACAUGCCGAAGUCCAUUGAUGAGUAUGUGCACAGGAUCGGACGAACUGGACGCCUUGGAAAUUUUGGCAAGGCUAUAACUUUCUUUGAUGCCGAGAAGGAUAGUGAGAUUGCAUCGAAGCUAGUUUCAACUCUCAGGGGUGCUAACCAGGAGAUUCCUGAUUUCCUGGAACAGUACGAUGUUGGAGGAUCUGGACGUACAGGAAAUUUCGGAGGUCAAGAUAUCCGAAAGGAUGACUUCCGCAAAGGUGUUCCUCAAGCUGUUCCUCAGGAGGAAGACGAGGAGUGGUAACUUUUGAAAUCGUUUCAGUGAAAAAAAAAAAUAUCUUUCUUUUUUCUAUUUUUCAUCCUAAAACUCGAAGAAGUACUUUUUUAUAAUAUUAAACCUCGUGACAUGAAGUGUCUCUCAUAUGCUUUUGAUAUCCAUUGUCUUAAGGAUAGUGCUUAUAGUUGAUGGUAUAUCAUUAAAGUAUAUUUUUCUAUUCAGCA